GAACCAGUUUGGGUGAAUUUUUACUUUGUGAAUAAAACAAAAAGUAAAAUAUUUUAAUCUGUCUCUGAUGAAGGCUCCUCCUCAUCCUCCUUUUCUUUCUUCCUGAGUCUAAAAAUAAACGGUGAGGUAAGAAACUCAGUGGGUGUUCGCCAAUAAAAGGCCACGGGAUGCGGAAAGGAGCAGAUCGAGAGAUGGAGGCUCUCAGCGGCAGCGGACCGGUGGAGGUCAGGGGGCACCGAGAGGAAGAGUCCCUCCUCAUCCUCAUCAACCACUGCCGGGAGAUGAAGCAGCAGGAGGCCCGGCUGAGGCUCAUCACGCUGCUGCUGCUGCUGGGCUGCGCCGCCGCCUUCAUCUUCAUCAGCUGCGCGGAUCUCAGUCAGCGGAGAGCCGCGAAAUCGUCUGAUUCUGAUCCGUCCUUCUCGGCCCAGAGGAGAAUCUGUCCUGCAGACGACCCGUCCACAGCCAGUACCAGCAGUUCUCCCACCGCCGGCCCGCUGCACAUCGACCUCGAUUCCAUUAACGUAGCGAACCUGCUGUCUGGGUCUCAGCUGGAAUGGAGAGCCAGGUUCGGCGGCGGCGCCUACAGCCGCGGCCUGCGGGCCAUUGUGGUGCCGGAGACCGGACUCUACUUCGUCUACAUGAAGUUCGUUCUGAAGGGCCCGGCGCGGGACUUCCGCGUGACGCUGCAGCGGCGGAGCGAAGGCUACGACCGAGACAUGGACCUGAUGGGGGCCCAGGACGGCGGCCCGUACCCGACGGGGCCCCCGGACGGCGGCGGAGGCCAUCACCGGGUCCGGACGGUGUACGUGGGCCAACUGUUCGACCUGUGGAGAGGAGACCAGCUGAAGGUUCUGAUCAGUGAAGGCCAGGAGCUGAUCGAUCGGGCCUCGUUUGGAGCGUUCAGGACGUAGGAACUGUUACGGCCCGGUUCUGACCCGGUUCCGGUUCUGUUCAGGAUGUGAUGACUGGAGGAAAAUAUUCCACUGGACCUGCUUUAUAUCUAAUGUUUGUGACUUUUGCUGUGCAACUUGGAACAAUACUCUACUUUUUUAGAGGUUAAAGGUCGUUUUAUUUAUUUUGACCUCUUAGUUUUUUCAUUUGACCCCUGAACUCUGACCCCAGAAUGCCGGCGCUCGCUGCAGGUAGAGAUGAUUGAACUUUGUUUUAUUUGAGUUUAAUCCAGGUUAAUUAGCGCCGUUAGCUCAACAAGCUAACGGCGCUAAAAUAUCUGAUUUAUUAACUUUCAUUUGAUUACAGUUUAUUUUAAUUUAGCAGAUAUUUAUUUAUAACUGGAAAAAAGUUCUACAAAAUGAGACAAGAUAAAAACAACAUGAAUGAGAAUAAUUUUAGUCUUUUAUGUUUUGAUCUGAUCAGGUUUAAGAUGUUUGACCUCUGACCCUGGAGGCCAAACCUUUUGCUACUUGGAGCAAAAUGUGAAGUUGAAUGUUUUCUCUGUGAUAAAAUAUUUUUCAUCUUUUUUUAAUCAAAUGCAAUAAACAGAUUUAUUACUAUA